GACGUUUCAGUUACAGAAGAAGAAGUUUGUCAGUCGCCCAAUCUGCUCGCUGGACCUCAGCAAGGUGUCUCCUCGUUCCCAGCCGUUAGACGCGGCGAGUCUUCCCCUAAGAAACGCACUCCGCUGCCGGGCUAUUUGACCAAACUUCUCUCGGUGAUACUAGCUGCCUUUUCCCCGACAUGGCGACGAGUGCGAAGCGAAAGCAGGAGGAGACUCACCUAAAGAUGCUCCGGGAAAUGACUAGCCUGCCCGCGAAUAGGAAAUGCUUCGACUGUGAUCAGCGCGGCCCGACUUAUGUCAACAUGACAGUGGGCUCCUUCGUCUGCACCACCUGCUCCGGGAUCCUGCGAGGACUGAAUCCCCCACACAGAGUGAAGUCCAUCUCUAUGACCACAUUCACACAGCAGGAAAUAGAGUUCCUACAGAAACACGGCAACGAGGUCUGUAAACACAUCUGGCUCGGCCUUUAUGAUGACAGGACAUCAGUUGUUCCAGAUUUCCGAGAACCACAGAAAGUAAAAGAGUUCCUUCAGGAGAAAUACGAGAAGAAAAGAUGGUAUGUUCCUCCAGACCAGGCACGGGCAGUAGCAAGUGUUCAGGCCUCUGUGUCCGGCUCCUCAGCGAGCAGCACCGGGAGCACCCCAGAAGUCCAGCCCCUGAAAACCCUGCAACUCAACAAGACACCACUGCGCCAGUCUCCGGGGCUAAGUCGCUCCCAGGCUCACAGCGCUGCCCAGGAGAAGAAGUUUGACUUGCUCUCGGACCUGGGUGGAGAUAUUUUUGCUGCUCCUCAAACUGCCCCCUCCACCAACUUUGCCAAUUUUGCACAUUUUCCAAGCCAGUCAGCACGUCAGGGUAAUUCAAACACCAACUUUGCCAACUUUGAAGCAUUUGGAAACACUUCAAUUUCAUCACAUCUGAGCACAUCACCUCCCUCAAAGUCCUUUUCAUCAGGGGGAGGUGUGCCAAUUCCCUCAGUGUCCAGUGCUGUUCCAGCUCAGUCCCAGACAGCGAAGUGCACAGAGGACCGCUAUGCUGCGCUGGCCGAGUUGGACAAUGAGCUGAGCUUCUCUGCCACCACAGGCAGCAGUGUGCAAGGGGCCGUAUUUGGACCUGUGCUUAGUUCUUCACCAGCUCAGAACCAACCUGUGAUGGCCAGCAUGCAGCCUGGCUUUGGAGCGGUGCCGUCCACUAAUCCUUUUGUUGCCGCGGCAAUAGCCUCUGACAUGGCUUCCAACCCCUUCCAGACCAACGGCAGAGGUCCAGUUGCAGCCUCAUUCGGUACUGGCUCUAUGAGCAUGCCCGCCGGCUUUGGGAAUGCGUCUUCCUACUGCCUUCCGACCAGUUUCAGCGGAAACUUCCAGCAGCAAUUCCCUGGCCAGGCCCCCAUUCCUUACUCUCAACCUGGGGCCUAUCACCCUCAGUCUAAUGGGCCCGCGUUCCCAGUCUACAGUCAGAACAAGCCCUCGAUUACACCCUUUGGGCAGCCCAUGGCUGUUCCUGGCAUGUCCAAUAACCCAUUUAUGGCAGGACCACCAGCUGGGCCGUUCCCCUCUGGAGGUUCAUCCACCAACCCUUUCCUGUAGCACAGCUCCUGCUCUUGGCCACCAGAGGGCAGCAUGCAGCACAUACUCAAACGCACCUGUUCCAUCAUGUGAUUAGUGGCAGUACAUUUCUUUAAAAAAAUGUAUUUAUAUAUAUAUCUAUAUAUAGAUAUCUAUAUAUAUAUAGAUAUAUAUAUAUAGAUAUAUAUAUCUAUAUAUAGAUAUAUAUAUAUUCUCUCCAUGCAGGAAGUUUACAACACUAUGAAGGAGUACAAAGGAAUAUAUUGAGGACUAAGGGACAGUUGUGAGUGAAAUGUAUUGUCUGGACUAUAUUCUGAUAUUAUAUGCUUUUUAUUUUAUUUUUUGUUAUAACUGUAAGCUUUGUGCAUAUCACUCUUUGUAAUCAAAAACAAGUACAUGUAACGUAAAAUAAGGACUGAACUAACAAGGAUACAUAUCCACAAAUCUUGUUUUUAAAAAAACAAAAAAACAAAAAAGAGGAAGGGAGAAAAGUGGCUUCGAACUAAUAGAUAAGAGUUUACAUUUUAACAGGGUCCCAUCUAAAUCUACAAUUAGUAGAUUGAAGCAGUCAUGAUGAUAUUGUUUUUUUUGUUUUGUUUUAAAAAAGGGAUUUUUUCAGUUUUAUUUAAGAACCCCUUUUUGGGUUUUCCUGUAUUAAACCAUAUUUCCGUUAAUGCAGUUCCUGAAAUAUAAGAGUAGGCUUUAGUCCAAAAGACUGGACCUUUUUUAAACAUGAAAUGCAGAGCAGGCUAAUGUAAUUUGGCAUUGAUCUGGAACUACAGGCUAACAUUUCAAAAUUGUCAAUAAGGCAUGGGCUGGUAUAAGACUCUCACCAUAUGACCUUAAGUAAAAAUACAACAGUUCCAACAGCUCCAUACCAACUCCUAACCAUUCUGGCUUUUUUGCUAGCAUCUCAUUAAAAGGACUUGAAUCUGUGAGAACAGGCCCAUGCCUAUUGGCAAUGCACAAUAAUUUGGCUUUCAUAUUAAGUGCAGCAGACAUUGUUAGAUUAUGAGGCAAGCAGAGUCUAGUGUUUUACCCACAGGCAUGUCUUAUAGAGCACAAAUGGAGCAGAACCAAGUAAAGGUUAGGUGUUGGGAGGAUUUCUUUGUUUCAUGGUAAACUAAUAAGUCUUUUUUAAAGUUGGUAAGGAUACUCUUGUAACUUUAGUUGUGCUGAUUGUCAGGGGAGCAUAAUUCAGAUUCUCACUAUAUUCUAUGAAUAAAAACAACAGGAAGAGAUUGUUAUUGAAAGCCUCAGGAUUGUGAUCCCGUUUGGGCUACCUCAGAACAACUGAAGUCAAUAUCCUAUGGUUUUUUGGGGGGUGGCUUGUCCUUUAAAAGCAGAACAUCUUCAACAUUUGAAAACUAAACAUCUAUUAGAGAUCACUAUCCUGUCUUUGAAUCUGUCCUCUUUGCCUUGUUUUUAAAGCAUCAGAUCAGAUGGGCAAAAUGUGCUGUGGUUUGUUUUAAAAGUAGGCGAAGGAAAAAAACAAGUCUUCAGGGACUACACACAACACUAGAUCAGCCCCUGAAUAUGAACAAUUUUGGUUUCAGCUGUUUUAGAAAAUGUUUCUUGUUUUACAAGAAUAGGUAGUAAAUGUGUACAUAUAUAAAUAUAUAUAUAAAUAAAUUAAAAGAUUUUUUUAACUACA